UUUAAUGUCUUAGCACCCGUGCAACAACAUAUAGACACAUAAUGAAUGAAAGUUGUAUACCGUGUGUGUAUAUGUAUCGUUCUCGUGAAACGGGCGAUUAUUUGGCUUGUCAGCCCGUCAGGAGGCGACACCAGUACAGCACAGGCUCUAAGGUAUUGUGACAUUAAUUCUCACUCACUGGACUGACGGAGGCUUUACUUUUUAGCUAAUCUAUUUUGUGGAUAAACUUUUAAAUUGAUCUUUUGUAAGGCCAAACGAGAUUCAGAGUACAUUAUAGACUGGCUCCAAAUAUAUCACAUAAAUUUCGAGGCUAUAUUGAAUUUCUACGCCUGAUUUCAGUCUCACAACAGACUUUAAUUAUCAGUUAGUCGUUUAUUGGCUCACACCUGUACAUCGAAUCAUAUUGGAAUAUGCUUAACACGUCUUUAUGGUGGAACAGGACGACGAGAGGCGGCGUUACGAUCUACCAAUGGUGAGGAUAAGGUAGCACCUGCUAGAAGCACGAGACAGUUAUAACAAGACGACAUAGUGUUGGGACAUUACACAAGCCAGCAAUAUUGUGUGACAUUUCCGUGACGACAGUCGAUGAGUGAAUCUGAGAUUUAAGGAUAUUGACAGUUGUUGGUUGUUAAAUCGGAAAUAAGGGAGUAAUCAUGGUUUUGCGGGAACAGACUGUUGUUCAAGUCAGUUCAUUGGUGAAAGACUUGGACAGGACGAUGAAACUUAACGAUGGAUUGGAGAAUAUUGUCCAAGGUAACAAUCGUCAGUAUAUUCGCCGUGAGAAACCCCAGUUAACCUUUGGAAACAACGAUCGAGUGAAAGCUUGUAUAGGAAACCAUCUUUUCCACGCUGUGUUUAAGUGUCGGUUUAAGAAGGUUAAGCUGAUGCUAGACCGCGGAUUUGACGUAAACAUGAGAAAUAGUUACGGGUACAGCGUCCUGGUAGCGGCACUGCAUAUCGAUGACAACGACCAGAGAGAGAAAAUGUUCCGAAUGCUCAUCAAUCGUAAUGCCGACCCCCUCCAGAAGGAUCCCAAACAUGGCCGACACGUCCUAUGUUGGGCAUGUCUUCUUGGCCGUGUGAAUGAGGUAGAGUUCCUACUGGACACAUUCAAAGGAGACUUUGACCUUCACGAAAAGGACAAAGAAGGAAUGACCGUUCUCCAUCACGCCACUCAGGCUGGCCAAGAGGAAGUGGUGACAAUGCUUGCAUUAGAGUUCCGGCGCUUUGGCUUAUCUGUGGACGUUGUUGACAACCUUGGUCUUACUCCGUACCUUCACGCGCGUCGGCUCGGCUACAGUAGCAUCACGCGUAUACUUCAGAACCAAGGCCGUGCCUGUCCUGGCCAAGGGGAUAUGUUUACAUUCCGGAAUGGCCGAGAAUGGUCCUCUCUAGGCCGCGAAGAACGACACGUUCAACAGACACAGGAACGCUUUGGAGAUUACAUGAAAGCUGCAAUUCUGGGUCGAAGUCGAGUUAUACACCGCUACCAAAAUCGAGCACCCCUUAUCAAAGUGAUACCACCCGCCGAAGACGAUGUUGUCGACGGUCGAAUCAAAUUUGUCGUCAAGGAGAAAACUCCGAUAGGAGGCACCAAACGUGUGUCCUUCGCCCCGCCCCCGGCGGAACCCCGACCGACACAUUUAACUUUACCAUCAGAUGUGACCCCUAGACCUAGCAUGGCAUUGACUAUGAUUGACAUGACGCCUGGAAGUAAACAGGUCGACCAUUUCAAAAGUAGUCACGCUGAAACACAAAAUGUAGACACUGGUCGCUCGAACAGCCAUGGAGCGACCAUUGCAAACAUGUUCGGGGUUUUAGCACAGCAGAACGCACCGUCCUUCCGCCCGACGGUGGUAAUUCCGACGGCGGAACCGGAAGUCGUACCUUCAAAACAAAAACGCUCCACACUUGCCAUACUCUUUGGUAAACAGAAUAAAAAGAAGGUAAAAUCGCCACGGGGGUCGGAGAAAAAGAAGCCCACAAAGGAAAAGAAAACAAGCAAGGGACGUAAAUAGAGAGAACACGAAACAGGAUGUUAUGGGAGGUGUUUACAGUGUACAUUCUUGUCAGAUCCGGGAUGGAAACCUAUGGUUUUACUCGCACACACGUCAUUGGCAUUUAACAGCGAAGAUGACGCAUUAAUCAAGGCGUGUGUUGUUGUGAGUAUUUUUACAGCGUGUUCUCCAGUAUAAAGUCCGGACAAUGUUUUAAACUUUACACACGAAAUUUCCAUAUUCACACAUAAUGGUGCAUUUUUGCACGGUAUCAAGUGACAAAUGUUUUUAGUGAGAUUUAUAGUCUAGUCUUCAGGUUGUGACGCUACCUCAGCGAGAAACCGUUAAUAAAAUCUUAGUCUGUAUUUAGGAUUUAAAUAUAUUUUAAUUAUAUUUCAUCACACGUCCUCUAUUAAUGUUGAUAUAAAGAUCUGCUAAUACUUACUCAAA